AUGUUGGUUCUCAUUAUUCUACAAUGCUCUGCAAGCAGGCGAAGCUUACUGUAUGAGGCUUCUGUGGCCACUCACUUGAUGUUCGCUUUGGUGGCUUGGGCAUCUUGGUUUGUCCUUCCAAUUCAUGGCCUGCCUUCGAAUCGCUACGUACUUUGCGGGAGCCCUCCUGUGACAAUUUUUCAGGGUUCACGAGUGAAGGGCUUCGCAGCAUCAGUGGCAGGCAGCGAGAACGGUUUGGAGAUGGGACGAAUGGCAAAGUCACCAUAUCUUCGUGUCGCUUUACUUGUCGAUGCAGAUUGGGAGGUGACAAUGCCUGGAUUCGAUGAAUGUCUGGAUUGUGAUUCACUGGGACAUUCUUCACGGAUGUCCUACAAAAAAUGCAAGAAUCAGGGCUUGCAUCGCAACACUGAAGUCUCAUGUCGCCUUGCCCGCAAGCGUAGUGGGCUCCCUAAUCAAAAUGGAACUUGGUUGACUGGACGUUUGAUGCGCUACCGGAAUAAUGAGCUCGCUCUGGAUUUUGCUGAGUGUGACUUGGCUGAUGGAUCGGUGCGUUGGAUUCAUGAGCCGGAUGGACCUGGCAAAAUCAAUGUGGAAAUGCGUCUUCAACGAGUGGGGCAACCUGUUGGAUCAGGCAGCAAACAGGUGCUAGAAAGCGCAACUAUGCUGGUUGAAUUGUGCUUGGUUCGACGCCCUUUAAUGCGUUUGGCUUUCUGUGCUCAGACUUUGUACAAUUUGCCGGGACUGCAAAGAGAAGUGCCGUGGGUUGUGGAAGAUUGGUUGCAUUACCAUAUGGAAUAUCUGGGCAUUGAACAUGCUCAACUCUACGACAUUGACGGAUCUUUGGAGGCUGCUCUUGAGAACUGGACACGUUCAAGAAUUCACACUCGAAGCUUUGUUUCGUAUGAAAAGCGGUGGCCUUCCACACUGUCUGAUGACUUGGCAAGACUAUCUACAGAGCAUCCAUUCUGCACGGAAAUGCACGCCUACGCUCACUGCGCUACCACACAGCGAGCUUUGAGUCGAUGGGUUCUGAUGCUUCAUUCGCCAGAUGAAUACGUGGUGCCAAAUCGAGACAAGAGCGGCAGAAAGUCGCUUAGGGGUUCUCUUCCCUUUUUGGUCGAACAGUGGGAAAGUAACAAUGCUCUUCACGGGCAUGUGUUAGGCAUGUUGGCUAUGAAGGCCGUAUCCUUUGCUCGAGGUGGUCCAGGCUCUAACGGUGGAGACGCUGCAAGCCAGAGAGGAGCCGUCCUUCAUGCGUCCAUGUUACGCAGCGAGACCUUCUAUCAUCAUGCAUUUUUUUCCAACCCAGAAUACUGUGUGUGUAUGGGUCCACAUACGUGCUACCAUCUUUCCGAGGAACAUCCAGAUCCCUUUGUUGAACUUGACUACAUACAGGAUUCCGGCUCUACUAUUCUAUUCCUGGACCAGAAUGACGUAGUGAUGCAUCACUAUGUGGAGAUGACUGCUCACGACCGUGGCCGGUGCGCGACUCUUUUACAACCUUGCAACUUGAGUGAUAGAAGCAUGGAGUGGGCAGUCAAGAUGCUGCGCCGGUCUUGA